CCAUGUGACCAUUGGGCUUUCUUUGCUCUCCCUUGUAGAAAUCCGAGAGGCCUUUCGGGUUCUGGACCGAGAUGGGAACGGCUUCAUCUCCAAGCAGGAGCUGGGCAUGGCCAUGCGCUCCCUGGGCUACAUGCCGAGCGAGGUGGAGUUGGCCAUCAUCAUGCAGCGCCUGGACAUGGACGGGGACGGCCAGGUGGAUUUUGAUGAAUUCAUGACUAUUCUUGGCCCCAAACUGGUGUCUUCAGAAGGUCGCGAUGGUUUCCUUGGAAACACAAUAGAUAGCAUAUUCUGGCAGUUUGACAUGCAGAGGAUAACGCUGGAGGAGUUGAAGCACAUUCUCUAUCACGCCUUCCGGGACCAUUUGACGAUGAAGGACAUCGAGAACAUCAUCAUCAAUGAGGAGGAGAGCCUGAACGAGACCUCGGGGAACUGCCAAACAGAGUUUGAAGGAGUGCAUUCCCAGAAGCAGAACCGGCAGACCUGCGUGCGGAAGAGCCUCAUCUGCGCCUUCGCCAUGGCCUUCAUCAUCAGCGUCAUGCUCAUCGCCGCCAACCAGAUCCUGCGCAGCGGCAUGGAGUAGCAGCCCCGCCCCGCGUCCGCACGCCCGGCCCCGCAGACGCGGACACGGACCUGCGGACGACGACCGACCGACCGACCGACCGACGCGCGCUCAGCAGAGAACCCCAGGUUGUGGUGCAGCGGGGGUUGCCCAUCACCUUCAUCUCCUUGGCAGGGUCACAAAGGGCUGACUUCAGUGCUUUAAUGGUCUUGUUUCCUAAUGCAAUAAAUAGCCAGGAGUUCCGAA